CUACUAUUCACCACUUGGUACCUAAUUUUGUUUUUGUUGAGUUCUUUUUCGAAAUAAAUCUUUUUAAAAAUAAGAUUUCACGGAUUCAAACUUUAACUAAGUUGUCAACGAAUCAAAAAUAUGAGUCAACAGUGUUUGUGAAUCCUGAAGAGUCUUCAGUCAAUUGGUUUAUUCACGGACCACGCACCUACACAUGCAUAUGAGGAUUAUAUAAAUAGUAGAAAUAAGGAAAUAGUUGCGAGACAGACGACAGCGAGCACUACAUGCAAGAAUCUGAUUUUCAUCAUCACCCAUCAAAUAUCGGUCCGAAAUCGGAAACCAGCACACACCAUGACACCUUUCACCACCACCUCGCCAAAACAACAGCUCCUUCCAUCUACCACCACCAGGGAGCCCAUUCAUCGCCCGCCGCCAACUUGGACGGUCUCUACUCCGCCUAUCAGCAGCACGCCGGCUGCCUUUACUCCAACGCCCUGUACGGCAAGAUGCAGGGGGCUAGGGGAGCGCCCUUCGCUUCGGCUGACGCCCAACGCCCACAAUUGGCGGUGGUGAAACAGGAGCCGACGGACGGCAACAGAGGAGAAUGCAACGAUCUGUCGGAAAAAGUGGAGGAAUGCGCGAAACCUUCUUCGGACCCCCGUUGCGCGACGGUGCCGUCCUCUAGCGGCAGACGGGGGUCGCUGCAGCUGUGGCAGUUCCUGGUGGCGCUGUUGGACGCUCCCGACGCUAGCGCCGGAUGCAUAGCAUGGACGGGCAGAGGCAUGGAAUUCAAGCUGAUCGAACCCGAGGAGGUAGCACGUCGUUGGGGAGCCCAGAAAAAUCGACCGGCGAUGAACUACGACAAACUCAGUAGAUCGUUACGAUAUUAUUAUGAAAAAGGAAUCAUGCAGAAAGUGGCAGGCGAAAGGUACGUUUACAAGUUCGUGUGCGACCCGGAGGCGCUCUUCAAUAUGGCGUACGGCGGCCAUCACGGGGACAAUUCGACGACCAACAAGGGCCAGACGUGCGAUUCCAGGCCGGAGAAUCUGAGCACGAAGGCCGAGUCGCAUCAUUUGGCCUACACGGACAUGCUCAACUUUUACAACUGCGGCAUAGCGCACUCGUACCAGCACUUGCAUCCCUACUUGCAGGAAGGGAAGCAUACACGAUUCGCAUAA